AUGGAUACUGUUCGGGAGGAAAAAAUUUGUAAUCCAAGAUCUUGUAAAAGAGGGUUAAAACAGGUCAGAGUUGCAAACAUUUACACACAAGAAGAGGUUGAAUAUGACUUACAGUUGGUAAUUGAGAAGGUUAAAGAGAACUUGGGCGACAUAAAGAGCCCUAAAGUAUCUCUAUGGAAUAGUCCCUUUUAUGAUAUCAAGAACAUUAUGGACAUCCCAUUGUCAUAUGACGAGUUUCAACAAUUAAAAUUGUCCAUACAUUCACCUCUUUCAUCCCCAAAGUUACCUGUCAUGGCAACAAAUUUAGCAUGGGGUGCUCUACCAACACUGAAUGAUUUGAAGGGAUUCAUAGAAGAGAAUCCAUACAAAUCAAAAGAUAGUUGGACUUCCAUCAAGAACAAUUCAGCCGAAUACAUAAUGCAGAAUGCUAGGAUUCUUGCAUCAAAUGGUUUGACUAGUCAAACCAAUUUGAUGCCCCUUACUAAAACUAACAAGAAACGAUUGAAAAAGUCAGCAUUCAUAACAAAACAAGGAAAUGUUAUUGGAGGUGGGACAAAUGAUGUGCUUAAUGCAUUGUCUGCGUAUCUAAAAUAUUUAGAGGGUACUACACGCGAUGAUUGGCAGGAGGUGCAUGAAAAAUUACGUGAGGCUGACACCCGUGAAGGAGCCUCAUUUGAAACGGUGGAUUUCUGUCACCCUUUGGGUACUCAACUGCCACCAUUGCUGCAGCAGCUGGCCAUGUUCUCUCAACAGAUUGGUAUAGUCUAUUGGCAAUUAAGAAGUCAACUUGAUUCAACUGAAAGAUAUUCUAUUCGGUACUGGAAGUGGAAUGGUUAUCUAAUACAGUAUACUGUUGUGGGAAGUGAAGGUCCUGCAAUUCUUCUUGUGCAUGGUUUUGGUUUAAGUUAUAUGAUUUAG